CCCACAAAUUACACGACAAAAAUACCAUUUAGCCAGGCUCUACACUUGUUUGCUCAUCGACGACGAUGCGUGACAAGAUGUGUGAGACAAUGUGUUGAGGAGAGUUGAUGUGAUUAUGACAAAAUUAUCUGUGUCGGGGUGGGGGUGGCAAACAUUGAGUACCUCAUUUACACCCAAACUUCAAUAGCAUCACCGACAUCGCUUCGUCUCGGGCCUGUAUAAUCACGACAAAACCGACGCAUCAAUUAAUUCCCGACGAAACCAUGUCGCCUCCGAGACAGUUCCUGAUCAACUUCGUUGGCGACGUUAUGCUUGGCCGGCUCGUCGACCAGCUCUUUCCGACGCAUGUUCUUGAGCCGUCCGAAGCCAGUAUCGUCGCCACCCUCCUGACAAGGCAUCCAUCGUUACGAGACUAUGGACCAGAACAUCCGUGGGGUAGUACACUUCGGCUGUUCCACUCCUCGGAUGUGAAUCUCAUCAACCUCGAGACUGCAGCCACCACACAUGCGGUAAAAUGGCGGAAUAAGGCCUUUAACUUCAGGAUGCAUCCCGCCAACGUUGCUGCCCUCAGCGCCGCUCAUGUCGAUUUUGCCAAUCUAGCAAAUAACCAUGUUCUUGAUUUCCACGAGGAAGGCAUGUAUGAGACCGUCACAACGCUGAGAAAUGCCGGCAUCAGCUUUGCCGGUGCCGGAGAGUCAGCAGAGGAAGGCAUGCGACCUGCAGUCCUGGAAAUCCCGAGAGACAGACGGACUAGCAGUGGCAGAUCGUCCGGGGAGACAGACCGCGGGCCGUUGCUGCGGAUAUUCUCCGCUUCCGACCACCCCGUCUCGUGGUCAUCUGUCCCGGCAUUCCGGCUGAUCGACUACAGCGAACCAACCCGGAAUCACUUGCGAGACACCAUCCUCCCCCAGACUCGCCACCAAACCGCAGACGAGCCCUCGCCCGCUACACUCAACGUUUUCAGCGUACACUGGGGGCCGAACUAUUCCUGGUCCCCUGCACCGCUUAUCAGGUCUCUCGCGCACUUCCUCAUCGACGAAUGCGGCAUCGACAUUAUCCACGGGCACUCGGCGCACCACAUCCAAGGAGUGGAGAUAUACAAAGGAAAGUUGAUUCUCUACGGUUGUGGCGACUUCGUUGAUGACUAUGCCGUAUCGCCGGGUUAUCGGAACGAUCUCGGUGCUGUGUGGCGCGUGACCGCGACCGAAGACGCGGAGGGCAUGGCAAAAGGUUCUCUUGGUUUGAAGACACUUGAGGUAUUCCCAACGCGAAAUUUACUGUUCCAGGCUGGGCUGAUGAGGCCCGACGAGGAGGGUCAUCAGUGGGUCAGAUCCACGUUGAUGAGGCUCUGUGGUGAGCUCGGUACAGAGGUUGCAUCUGAAUUGGGAGAUGAAGGGCAGCUGGUUAUUGACAUCGAGGGCCAUAAGUCGCAUACACAUUAGCUUGUGAAGCAGCAAAUGGUUAAGUCGGAGAGCCGUUUUGUCCGGGUUCGCCCAUGCCGGGUUCGACACGCAAUACUCAGAGUAUGUUGAUAAGCGGAAACGCCAUUUACGAGGUUAUGGCAGUAUACGGACCAAGGUAACAAUCGGCAGACCAGACGAACAUGCUGGUAAAGAUUCGGCGGAUCAUCAGCACACAUCAGCCGAGAACAUGGACCGGGUCAAAUACAUAUGGUGAAGGACCGA